UUGUUGUGUGCAGGACUGUGAUUGCCGUCCUGUCUGUGCUCUGUGACUCCCCGCCCACCAUAGUCCGGGCUGUGAGUGACUCCUCGCAUCGCACAAGCUGCAGUGUGUGUCCUGCAGACAGAAAGCGUGCAGCUUCUUACCUCAGAUGUGUUAUCAGUGACAGGAGUGGGACUCAGCCGCGGAGCAGGGGCACGGGAAGGCUGCUGGCAGUUGCUCCAAAUCUAUAAAGAUGUAUUAUAUCUUCAGUUGCUGCUUCAUCUAUGCAUUGGUGACUGUGACACAUUCCAAAGAUGCAACGGACUGUCCAUGUGACCCAAUGUAUUCUUGUGAUUGCUCUUCUAAGCAGCUGCACACUAUUCCUUCCACCCUGCCAAGGCAAUUAUGGAAAUUGGAUUUGUCAAAUAAUUUAAUUCAGAUGAUCACCGAUACAGACCUUACGUUGUACUCGAAACUGAGUAUUCUUCUUCUAAAGAACAAUAAAAUCCAUAGCAUCAGCAAUAGCUCUUUUCAGUCGCUGACAAGUCUUGAAGAGUUGGAUAUCUCCUAUAACAACUUAACCAGCUUGUCAGUCUCUUGGUUUAGAAACCUUAACAUGUUGAAACAUUUAAACCUGCUCGGUAAUCAAUAUACUGCACUUGGUGAAGCCUCCCUAUUCUCAACUCUAACCUCACUGAGGUCUUUAAAAUUUGGAAAUCGGGACUUUGCUGCCAUCCAUAAGAAAGAUUUUGAAGGUGUGCUGAGCUUAGAUGAACUUCACUUGGAUAUUCCAAACCUUCGUCAAUAUACAGAUGGCACCAUAAAGACUGUAAAGGAUAUAGAGCACAUUACUCUGGCUGCAAAUGUGAACAUAUUGCCGGAAAUAAUAAAGGAUAUUGCAUAUUCUGUCACCUGGUUAGAUAUCAGAAAUACAUCCUUCAUUAAUUAUAAUGAUGCAGAAUGCUUUGCCGUGCUCAAUGACACGAGUGUAAGAAUAUUAAUGUUUAAAAACAGUGUAGUGACUGAUGCCAGUGCAGCAAGACUGAUAGAAAUUCUCUUUUUUCAGAAAAACAUUACUCAUAUUGUGUUAGAGGACUCAGAGCUUCGGGGAACAGGGCGUGGGACUCCAGUUUUGAAAGACUUUAACUCUUCAGUAUCAACAAUCGUUAUUAAGAACUUGUAUAUACCAAACUUUUAUGUUUUUAGUGACUUAAGUUUUAUUUACACAGUAGUACAUGACAUUAAAAGCGUUACCUGUAUAGACAGCAAAGUUUUUUUGAUGCCUUGUCAUUUUUCCCGAUCCUUUAAGAUGAUGGAAUAUCUUGAUCUUAGUGGGAACCUGCUGUCAGACCUAGUUUUGGCAGGUUCAGUCUGUUACUUAGAAGGUUAUGGUGCUUGGCCGUCAUUACGAACUUUAAACGUCAGCAGAAAUAGCUUAUCAUCAUUGUCCCAGGUUUCCCAAGUACUUGCCAGUGUGCCAUCCUUAAUUAAUAUUGAUCUAAGUCAAAAUGCUUUUGGUGAAAAAGACCUUUAUUCUUGCAAGUGGCCUGCAAAUAUGAAAUACUUGAAUCUUUCUGAUUGCCAGCUAAACCAUAUCGAUAGCUGCAUUCCAGACACUUUGGAGCUGUUAGAUUUAAAUUCUAAUAAUCUUGAAGAGUUUGUUGCCAGUUUUCCCGAUUUGCGUGAGCUUCAUAUAUCAAAUAACAGAUUAGCCAAACUGCCAGGUGAGGCACACCUUCCAACAUUGGCCCUGCUUGUAAUUAGCAGAAACAGACUGAAUGACUUCUACCAAUCAGAUUUGUAUUCCUUCCCAAAUUUGACAAGACUAGAUGGAAGGGAGAACAAUUAUUUCUGCUCAUGUCAAUUUGUGGAUUUCGUAAAGCAUAAAGAUAAACUACUUUUGGGAUGGCCAGAACAUUAUAUUUGCGAUUCUCCUUCUUCUUUCAGAGGUAAACAGAUAGAGCAAGUAAAUCUUCCGCUCAUAAUGUGCCAUAAGACAUUGGUUGUGGCACUGUCCUGCAUCUUCUUGAUAUUGGCUAUAGCCAUUGUUGUGGCACUUUGUCACUAUCUUCACGUCGUAUGGUAUGUGAAAAUGACCUGGGCCUGGUUGAAAGCUAAGAGGAAGCCUUUAAAAGUACCUGAGCAAGAAAUCUGUUAUGAUGCAUUUAUAUCGUACAGUGAAAGAGACUUUGAAUGGGUAGAGAAUAUGAUGGUUCCAGAGCUAGAAAACUCAAACCCUCCACUUAAGGUGUGUCUUCAUAAACGCGACUUUGUACCUGGCAAAUGGAUUAUUGAUAACAUUAUGGAUGCCAUGGAGAAGAGCUACAAAACUCUGUUUAUAUUGUCUGAGCACUUUGUCCACAGUGAGUGGUGCAAAUAUGAGCUGGAGUUCUCUCACUUUCGUCUUUUUGAUGAAAACAAUGAUACUGCCAUUUUGGUUCUUUUGGAGCAAAUUGAAAAGUCAACUGUUCCGAAGAGGUUCUUCAAACUGAGGAAGCUCAUGAACACCAAAACCUACUUGGAGUGGCCAACAGAGGAAGAAGAACAGCAAAUCUUCUGGGCUAAUCUGAAAGCAGCACUAAAACCUGAAGACUAUCCCAAUGCAUAGGCAAAUUUAUCUUGCUAAUUCUGCACAGAAGUAAACAUUUUAGUUGGACAUAAUGCUAUGUAAAUAUGACAAUUUGUGCUCCAAGGAGCACAAAGCUAUUUACAGAAUCUGAUUUUUCAUGGAAUAUAAUUUAGAUGGUCAUAAAAUAAAUGAUUUAUCUCAGUCCAUUGUUUGAGUUAUACUUGGAAGCUGUAUUAUGUGUUGCUUUGCUAAAAAUUGGUGUUAGGUGAAGUGGGCAAAGCAUAACUUCCUACAAAUCUUUAUGUCAGAUCAAGUAGUAGACCAUCUAUAUAACAAAUAAGGUGGAUUCUACAAAAGCAAAACUAUCAGGUUCUAGAUAGUACAAGGGCAUGGGUCCAUACAUUUAUUGCAUUUAAGAAGAAAAAUGUUUCUGUGUAUGUUACGCUAGUUAUUAUUUUAUAAUACAAGAGGAUGAUUUUAUAUGUUCUAUAAUUAUUUCAGUAUUUUACUUAGAGAAAGGAGCAAACUAGUUUGUUAACAUGUAUGGGUCUUUGGUUUGAAAAUGAUACAGUUAAUGGUCAAUAGUUUGUAUCUUAUUAGCAGCUAACGUUUCUGAUUUUCUAUUAGGAAAACAUUACUGUAUUGUGUACAGUUGUGUCAUACAGCCCAUGUUACCUUUAUUAAACUUCAAUUUUAUAAUUGUU